AUGGCAGCCACCACAUCACCACAGGACCCCGAAGAGGGCUGCCUCACCAACUUCACCCACGACACCUGGCGCUUCCCCGAGUUCGAGAAAAUCGACCCGGACGCGGGCCUCCUCGGCGACCCCUUCUACGAGGAAUCAGAGGACCGCUGGUGCCUCUUCGCCGAGAUCGUCGACGUCUCGCUGCUCCUCCGCGUCCGCCUCGUCGCGCGCGACCGCGAGGGCGCCACGGUCGUCAUCGCCUUCUACCCGGACAACGCCGACCGCGCGAGCCUCGACACGCGCCAGUUCAAGGUCGGGCACACCAUCGCCCUGGUGUACCCCAUGCAGCACUACUUCCUCGACGGGACGCAGGGUGUUCGAGUGGAGGACUUGCAGAGCUUUCGUGUGUUCCCGGUCAAGAUGGCGGAGGUGUUCCGCGUCAACGACGAGCUUUGCACCUACUGGGAUUCGCGGGAGUCGCCGAAGAAGUGUCAUGCUUGUGGGAAGCAAGAUUCGAGCCUCGUCAAAUGUGGACGGUGCGGGUUCUACUACUAUUGUAACAAGGACUGCCAGACGACGGGAUGGAACCAGAAAGGUCACAAGGCGGCUUGCCGCGUGCUCAAGGAUGCCAACUUGAGGGCUUUGGUCAGGAUCACCGACGGCGAGGGCGAGCGGAGAUUUGCCUUCCCUUCGUGA